UGCCGAAUUAGAUUUUAGCUACCGACCUAAGAAUGAUGGAUUGUAUAAAUACUUAAAGCAAAAAGUAGAUAAUCAAAUAGUAUAGUGGAACACACAUUACAUUAAGUUAUUUAACAACAGAUAGUAAUUUCUAGAAAUUAAAGUCUGUGGGUUGAUAUAAUAGGAUAAGUUAUAUUGACAAAGGAUAAAGCUAAUAUUAUGAUAUAAAUUGCAUACGAAAGACAUAAUUGGAAAUUGCUUGUCACAGUAAUAGCCUAUGCUUUGUUAUAAGGAGAAGAAGAUAUGAAGCCCCUAAUCUCUUAAAUAAUAAAUACUGAAAGUUCAUUGGCUCGAUAAACUAAACAAAGAUAUUCCUAAAAGAAACAGAAAAACAGAAAGAUGAAAGGAAGAUGUUGAUA